ACCACUAAAACACGAGGCUAUUUUAUUGAUCGGCCCUUGAAAUCCUGGAUUUCUCGGAGAAAUUAUGUCUAUCCCCUACAGUGGUACAAUAAAAAGGUCAGCGGGUGUCGUAUCUGCAAUUGGAAAACAACUAAAAGGUGUGAACCUGAAGGCUGCCAAGAGAAUUACAGUAAAAUUUGAUCCUUUCAGCGACGACGUUACACACACAAGAGACUUCCUCCACUACAUCAGCUCACCAAGAAUAGCGCUAACCAACCCCAAUUGCUCCUUGAAGACAGAGAUUGUUUGUGACCGUAGUGAGCCCACAAUAGAUGUCACUAUUUUGCCUGUAAUUGCAGAAACUACUCAAAUCAAGAAAGUAACAUUUAAAAGCCGCAAUUUAACUUGUUUGGAACUUUUUCAAUUGAUGAAUAAACAUGUGUCUUCUCUAGCUCCAGUAGAGCAGCCAGUCAAAUCAAUACAAACAAAAUCUGAGAAGGGUAAAAGGAAGUAAAGUAGAACCAAAUAAAUCGAAGAUUGCUAGAUACU